AUGCGGCCCAGACCUGCGCUUCUCCUGCUCCUGGGCCUGGGCCUGGGCCUGGGCCUGGGCUUCCGCAGCCCCGCGCCGCCCUUGGCUCCUUCCAAGGCCGGGGCCAACGUCUCCGCCCCUGCCUCUCUGGCAGGCGCCUCAGCCCAGGGCUCUCCACCUGAGGCCAGACCCCGAGACACGCCUUGGGGCAAGGCGGCUGCUCUGCGCUCAGCCCGGGCUGCCCCGAGCCUCACUGGGCUAAGCGGCUACACUCGCCUCACCCUGCGACCACGAGUGGCUCUGGGCCCUGGCGUCACCCUGAGCGGUGGCCGAGGCCUCUGCUUCUCCCACAGCUCCUGGCUGCGGGCACAGUGGCCCUGCCUCCACAUGAGCGUCCUGCUGCGAGCGCCUCGUGCGCGCCGCGCCACGCCCACCCACGUAGACCUGCACCUGUCUGCGCCCCGAGGCCUGCUCUCCCUGCAGUGGCUCACCCCGCGGCGGCGCUCACUCGGGCCUCUGGAAUGGACCUUUCACCUUGGUCUGGUCAGCCCCACCGACGCCCCCUCCGCCUCCGGCUCGUCCCCCAGCUCCUCUCCACCUGUCGGCCGUCUCCCCUCCACGGGCUUCACGGCCCAAAUCGAGUGUCCUACAGAUGGGCCGAGGCCUGUUGUUCUAGAAGCUGUCAAUUCGGACAAUCCCCAAGCCGUGGGGUCUUCCGUGUCCUGUCAGUUAAGAAGGACGGUUUGCAUUAUCAGAAAGAUCAAGAUCAACAGGGAUGCAAACAGUGGUCCCCUGGUGUUCACUAGGAGUACGGACAUUUCCCUCAAUGCCACGAUUGUUUAUGACUGCCCAUCAGCUCUGCAAAAGGAAGUGAACUGGGAGGUCUAUUAUGUGCCGUCCCUCGCGCACCGGCCGAGGUGGCAGAGCCCUCUGCUGGUCCCAAAGCCCCAGUCCGGGCCAAAGCUGGUCCUGGACCUGCAGGCCGGAAUUCUGCCUCUGGGGGUGUAUGUGAUCGCCGUCUUUCUGACCCUGGUAAAACACACUGGGGAGGUGGUGAAUGGCUCAGAUCACACCUACGUCGUGAUCGUGAGGAGUCCCCUGAAGGCGGUUAUCCUUGGGGACCCCAACGUGACGGUGAACUUCAUGGAGCAGCUGGUUCUGAACGGGUCAGCGUCAUCUGACCCGGAUGAUGACUACCCUCUGCGGGGACUCCAGUUUUCUUGGUUCUGUACCACAAACCUGCGGAACUACGUCGGGGAGAAAGUAGAAGUGAUGAGCAAGGACGUGUGCCUGCCGGAGCAGGGUGACCUGAGGUGGGCCGGGGCCUCCGGCCGGGCACUGACGCUGUCUCCACAGACACUUCGGGGCGGCCGGGUGUACUUUUUCAGAAUGGUGAUACAGAAGAGAGACAGAAGGGCCUAUUCCGAUAAAAGGGUCCAUGUGCUCCAGGGGCCAGCGCCUGUGGCUGACAUCGUGUGCACAGAGAACUGUGACGCGGUCUUGGUGAUAUCACACAGGUUUUCUUUGUUUCUCCAAUGCACAAAUUGUGAGGUGCGCCGUGAUGUCUACACGUGGUCGAUUCUGUCCCCUUCGGGGGAGGAAGUGGUGUUUGAUUGGAUGGGGCAAACUUCCACAGACAGGAAUAGCGAUUAUUUGUCUGUCAAAGCGUUUGCUUUUAGAGACUUUGUGGAAGCCCAGUUUUCGCUUUCCUUAGCUCUAGCAGCGUGGAGUGGCGUCAGCUUGGUCCUCAAGUAUCCCUUUAUUAUUAACCACGUGCCUGAAAUUGGAGACUGCAAAAUUAAUCCUGCUAGCGGAAUUGCAUUUUAUACCAAGUUUGUCAUCCAGUGUAGCGACUUUAAGGACCAGAACACCCCUUUGACGUAUAAAAUGAUAGUGUCCGACCUGCAUGGUUUCAGUGAAAUCAGUUCUUUGAAAGAGAACACCUUGGGGCCCAUCCUGCACCUGGGCAGCGAGCCCACGUCCCCCCCUUCCUCCCUCCCCAUGGGUGUGCCGGUCAGCCACUACAGCAUGAAGAUCUUUGUCCAGGUGUACGACUCUCUGGGAGCAUUCUCUCAGGUGACCUUGUAUGCCACCGUCCAAGCUCCUACCGACAGAUACGCACCAGAGACAGUGAUGCGGCACUUGCUCAGUGUCACCAUGGGGCCGGGCUCAGCCUUGUCUACUUUGCUUCAGAAGCAGGACUUUUUGCCCGCAGGCUACCUGAUGUACGUCGUCGCCUCUGUGUUGAAUGGCAUGAAAACCAAAGCUGCCCUGCACACAGUCAAAGUCAGACUCCGGGAGCACCUCCUCAAUGCGUCUUGCACUCUCCCUGUAAGCACUCUGGUGGAGGUCGGCCAGCUGGUCACAGCUGUCGCCAAGUUAACCCAGAAGACGUCUGAAUUCACUAGCGUCACCAAGAAACUUGCCACGGCGAGGAUUUCGCAAGCCAAUCAAGCCUUGCAACAGCAUCAACGGAACAAUAAAGACUUCCAUGCUGAACAAAUAGAAAUCGUGAGCACAGGGAUACUAACCAGCCUGUCCAAUAUCCUGGAAAUGACUACCCGCUACGAAGCCUUUGCCCAUCCUUUCUACGUGAUGCAGUCUCUCGCAGACACGGUCCUGGCCGGGAAAGUGCCGGGAAAUGACACCACCGUGAUGAAGGCCUCGAGCUUCAACGUGUACAUCAGGAAAACGGAAAAGUGGCUGGUCACCAAUGUCUUAGGUGACGAGGAACACAGUCGGAACUGGUUCCGUACCACACUCAAUGUGAGCAGUGCCCCGGGUUUGUCUGCAAACGCGCCCAUUUCUAUGACGUUUUGUGAGUUCGCAGGCGACCCCUUUCCUUGGCUGAAUGACCAGGACAGCAUUUCAGCAGACGUGGUCGGCUUCAGAAUGACAGGGACCACGGCGAGCGGAGACGUGCUAGAGGUCGCACCGGAGGUGGUGGACGUGUACCUAAGCAGAAAAAACUUGAGCUCUGUGGCCUUCCAGCUCACAGUGGGUCCUGACAAUGAGCCAGGCGAGGCGGACGAGGCCUUGAGAAAGACGACAGGGGCAUUCCGUUUCACAGUGGACAGCAGCGCCAUGAAGGAGCUGUUGGUUCAUAUCGUGACGGAAGUGACCGUGCUGUUCACCGUGUCCGUGUAUGCUGGCAGCCAGAUCGCCCCCGCCGCUUUGGUCGCCACCUUCCUGGUGCCCCAUGACAUCCCUCCGGUGGCCAACCAGAGUGGCCUCUUCGACCCGGCCUGUGCAGUGCAGAUGGCACGCGUGGUCUGCCUGCCGCCGUCUUUGCUGCAGGUCGUCGCCCAGCGGUGCCGCUCCUCUGAGAGCUUCCUGGUUGUGGUUCUGCGGGCAUCUCACUUCGUCAUGAAGCCCACAGACAAGCUAGUAAGAAUCUCGCUUUUCAGCGUGCACUGCUUAGACAUGCAUGGGAUCCAGAGUGACUGGAGAGAAGACACCUGUGUCCUCAGAGAGAGGACCACCUGGGACAGAGUGCAUUGUGUUUGUAGGAACACGAGGAGGGUCCGGCGGCAGCUGGACACAGUUAGGCUGGCCAACGUCCACCUGCACAUCCGCUACUUCACAGCCAAGGUGAUUGUGGUCCCCAACCCUGUAGAUCUACGGUUAGAGGUCAUCAAGAAUGUUGGCCAAAACCCCGUGACACUCUUCACGGUCCUCUUCAUCUUGUGCACGUAUGUGGCUCUAGCCUUCUGGGCACUGCACAGGGACGAGACGGACCAGUUCCUUCGGGACCACGUGGUAGUCCUGCCUGAUAACGACCCUUACGACAACAUCUGCUACCUGGUCACUAUUUUUACAGGAAGCCGCUGUGGGUCAGGGACCAGGGCCGAUGUCUUUGUCCAGCUUCAGGGAACAGAGGGCGCCAGCGAUGUGCACUGUUUAAGCCACCCCCACUGUAAAGCCCUGUACCGAGGGAGCAUCAACACCUUCCUGCUAACAACCAGAAGUGACCUGGGGGCCAUCCGGGCCAUCCGGGUGUGGCACAACAAUGAAGGCAAAGCCCCCAGCUGGUAUUUGAGCCGAAUCAAAGUGGAGAAUCUGUUUAACAGGUACAUCUGGCUCUUCAUGUGUCGGGAGUGGCUUUCCAUUGACACCUCCGUGGACAGGACAUUUGAUGUCACCGAGCCCAACACACCUCUGAACAGGGUGGACUUCUUCCUGAUUGACAUGACCAAGCAGCUGGGGAAGGCACACAUGUGGUUCUCCAUCUUCACCGGCGUCGUCGGCAAAGGCUUCAGCCGGCUGCAGAGGCUGUCCUGCUGCCUGGCGAUGCUGCUGGCCUCCCUGCUGUGCAACAUCAUGUUCUUCAACCUCGACGCGGAGGAGGCGGAGGAGCCCGAGGGGGACCGCUACCUGCGGUCGAUGGUCAUAGGGCUGGAGAGCGCUGUGAUCACCCUCCCCGUGCAGGUGGCCAUCACUGGCUUGUUCACCUACUCCCAGAGGCCGCCCCAGGUGAGCCUGGAUGAGGUGUCUCCUCGGAAGUAUCCCACGGUGGGGGCAGAGGAUGGGCACUGGGAGGACCGUCUGAAAUGGUGGCACGCUCAGGAAACCGCCGGGAAGCCUGCCCCCGGGGGCAGUCCCAGGCUCGGGAAGCCUUUUGUCAAGGAGGCCUCGAAAGAGGGGCGCGGGCGUAAGAAAGCAGAAAGAAAGGCCCCCCAGAUGAAUACAAAUGACAACAACAAGAACGAGCACCCUCCGCCCCCCCAGGAGCACCCUCCACCCCCCCAGGAGCACCCUCCGCCCCUCAUCAGGAAGCCCAGGAUGGCACUGCCUCGCUGGUGUGUCUGUGUGGCGUGGCUCUUGGUCUUCGCCACCUCGGGCGUGUCCUCGUUCUUCAUCGUGCUCUAUGGACUGACCUACGGCUACAAAAGGUCGACAGAGUGGCUCUUCGCGUCGUUCUGCUCCUUCUGCCAGUCGAUUUUUGUGGUGCAGCCGUUCAAAAUCGCGUUCCUGUCGGGCGUCCAGUCGAACAGGCCCAAGUACUGUAAGAACCUUCCGUGGGUCAGCAGCUACCACUACACAGACAUCCAGCUGCAGGACCUCAGGCUGCCCCCGGACCAAGUGCAGGAGCGACACGAGCACGUCAUCCACCUCCGGGGCACGAGGAUGUACCAGCCCCUCACGGAGGACGAGGUCAGGAUAUUCCGAAGGAAGAGGCGCACCAAGCGGCGCGCGUGGCUGCUCCUGACCUGCCUCCUCGCCCACUUGAUCUUCCUCGCCCUUCUGCUGAACCUCGCCUCCCUCCUCCGCCACACCGACAGCUUCUACUACAACCAGUACAUUCGCCGUCAGUUCUCUGAGGGUCUUGCUACCGUGACCCAACUGGACGACAUCUAUCAGUGGCUCGACAGGGUGAUGCUGCCUUUGUUCCACAAUGACCUGAACCCGACGUUUCUUCCUGACAGCUCCUCUCAAAUCCUUGGCCUCCCGCUGAUGAGGCAAGUGAGGGCAAAACCUGCUGGAAAGGCCUGCCCGCCUGCCCGAAGCUCUGUGCCAGACAGCAUCAAAGGGGAGAUUCACUGUCACCCCACGUACGGCUCCCAUCCAGAGGACACAGAAAACUACACUCAGUUCUGGAAGAAGAUCGAUAAUCGGACGACAGACAAGAACAGCCAAGGGUUUACCUACAAGCCUCCAGAAAGGAGGUGGGUGUAUUAUUCCCAUGGGCUUCUUCACACCUAUGGGUCCGGGGGGUAUGCUUUCUAUUUUUUCCCAGACCAGCUGCAGUUUAAUUCCACACUGAGGCUCAAGGACCUGCAAAGCAGCCAUUGGCUUGACGAGAACACAUGGGCUGUGAUUCUGGACCUGACCACGUUUAACCCGGAUGUCACCCUGUUCUGCAGCGUCUCGGUCGUGUUCGAGGUCUCCCCGUUAGGCGUGGUGAAUGCCAGCAUGUCGGUGCACUCCUUCUCCCUGGGCGAUGUCAGUAGGGAACCGUCGGCAGAACUUGCCUUGUACGCAGCCAUCCUUGUGUGCUUCUUGGCCCACGUGGUGCACGAGGGGUACACCGCCUGGCGGCAGAGGGCCUCCUACGCGACACAUGCGUGCAACUGGCUCCACCUCGCUCUGGAGUGCACCUUCGCCAUCCUGAUCGCGCUGUUUCUCAGCAAACAGUUCCUGGCCGCUGGCAUCGUUCAGUUCUACUCAUCGGGCUCCGGGAAAUUCGUGCCCUUCCACGCCGUUUCUCAAGCGGACCACGUCAUGGGGGUCGCUUUGGGCUUCCUGCUGUUUCUGACCAUUUUGAAGACCCUCAGGUAUUGCAGAUUCUUUUAUAGCGUGCGCCUGGCUCAGAGGGCCAUCCACACUGCCCUGCCCUCCAUGUGCCACGUGGCACUCAUGCUGUCCCUGUGUUUCUUUGCGUACGUGGCUUUUGGAUGCCUGGUGUUCGGUCAGCAUGAAUGGAACUACAGUCGCUUGCUCCACACCACCCAGACAGUGCUCUCCUACUGCGUUUCAGCUUUUCAGAACGUAGACUUCUCCCAGAACAGGGUCCUCGGGGCCCUGUUCCUCUCCUCAUUUAUACUGCUCGUGGUCUGCAUCCUGGGCAACCUGUUUCGGGUCACGAUCCUAUCUGCCCACGAGGAAAUGACACAGCCCGUGUACGAGGAGCCAUCAGACGAAGUGGAAGCAAUGGCCUAUUUGUGCAGCAAACUCAGGACGGCGUUUGGCUUCCUGUGCUUCCGCCCCAGGGCCCGAGACAAGCCCACAAUCUUCAUGGACAUGCUCUACGGGCGGCCUGAGAAGCACAACCGCCGCUUCCUGGGCCUGAAGACCAGAAACAUUAAGGAGAGAAAGAUGGUGUAUCUCGUCCUGUGA